CGGCAGCCAAUGGCGGCGCGGGGGCGGGGCGCGCGCGGCGCGGGCACCGGAGGGAAGAUGGCGGCGGGCGGCCGGUGGCGGGCCGGGCUGGCGCUGCUGGUGGUGGCGCUGCGGCUGGGCGCGCCGCGGGCCGAGCAGACGGAGGAGCACCUCAAGCGCGAGCACUCGCUGUCCAAGCCGUACCAGGGCGUGGGCUCGGCCAGCUCGGGGCUCUGGGACCUGCUGGGCAACGCCAUGGUCAUGACCCAGUACAUCCGCCUCACGCCCGACGUGCAGAGCAAGAGCGGCGCCGUCUGGAACCGCGUGCCCUGUUACCUCCGAGACUGGGAGAUGCAGGUCCAUUUUAAAAUCCACGGGCAAGGCAAGAAAAACCUGAACGGAGACGGCUUUGCCAUCUGGUACACCAAAGACCGCAUGCAACCAGGACCCGUCUUUGGAAGCAAGGAUAACUUCCUGGGCCUGGGAGUGUUUGUGGACACCUACCCAAACGAGGAGAAGCAGCAGGAGGCUCAGAAGAGGAGGUACAGCCCGGGAAAUCAGCGCGUGUUCCCCUACAUCUCGGCCAUGGUGAACAACGGCUCGCUCACGUACGACCACGACCGCGACGGGAGGCCCACGGAGCUCGGAGGCUGCACGGCGAUGGUGCGCAACCUCAACCACGACACCUUCCUGGUGAUCCGCUACGUGAAGAGGAGGCUGACGGUGAUGAUCGACAUCGACGGUAAGCACGAGUGGCGAGACUGCAUCGACGUGCCGGGAGUGCGCUUGCCCCGCGGGUACUACUUUGGGACCUCUUCUGUCACCGGAGACCUGUCAGACAACCAUGACAUCAUUUCGCUGAAGCUUUACCAGCUGACAGUGGAGCGGACGCCGGAGGAGGAGAAGCGGGACAGGGAGGUGUUCCUGCCCGUCGUGGACAACCUGAAGCUGCCGGGAAUGGAGGCCCCGCUGGAACCCAUGAGCGGCCUGGCGCUCUUCUUAAUCGUCUUCUUCUCCCUCGUCGCCUUGGUUUUUGCCAUUGUCAUUGGAGUCAUUGUCUACAACAAGUGGCAGGAGCAGAGCCGGAAACACUUCUAUUGACUCGGCACCCUGCCCGGGAUGGCUCUUUGCUAGUCUUCGCUAGCCGCAUCCCGACUCCCAGCCAUCCCAGACUGUCCGGAGCGUGAUGGACCGGACCGCACGGCAGGGACCCUCACGGCCCCUGGAAAGGCCGGUGGGGGCAGCUGCCGUUUCUUGCCAGCCUCCAGGACUCCCACGCCGUUCCCAGUGGGAUUGGAGAUCCCCAGCGCAGCGUGCGGCACGCUGGGGUGGACCUGUCGUCCCCCAAAGGCCCGUGCGGAGCGGGAGUUUGCUUAGCGAGUCGUUUAGGAGGACGGGACGGGCUGUGGGGCGCUGGCAGCACUGAGCCAUUUCUCUGCAGUCCGGGGAGACUGAAUGUGGGGACAAAUCCCCACCUUGGCUGUGAAAUCCCGGCUGAGAGAGAUCCCAGCUGAACAGAGCCCGGCAAAACGCCCGUUUCCUCGCUGGACUUGGACGGUAACACCUGGCAGCAGCUUGUCCUGAGCUGUUUCAUUUCUGAUUGGGAUUUGCCACAGCAGCGUCCCCCAAAACAGACUGCUCUGGGUGCAGACCACACUCUUCCUCGCCGGGGAGAACGGUGGUCUGCUCGCUUUCGGAGACGCUUGUCCUCUCCGCAGCGUGUCGAGGUGCCUGACACCCCCUCCUUGGCAAGGGCAUCUCUCCUGAGCUGUUAAUCCCGCUCGGCAGCGAGGACUGCUUUCCAUCGCCUGCCUUAGGCCAUCUUUGGGGACUGAACUGCUUUCGUUUGUACCUUGAAUUCCCCCACUGCCGUGCAACCCCUCUCCGUGCCCUCGUGGUCACCGAGGUUUGGUGACAUCGAGCGCUGACGAUUUUCCCCGGCGGCGAGGCAGGCCGAGCUGGGAGCCUGCCUGGCUGCCGGGCCCCGGCGUCCCCCUUCCGAACUACCGACUGCCGCUGCCUUGGGGCUCAGCCCCUUUCCCUGCCCCGCAGGGCCGCUGCCGAGCAUGCCGCCGCCUCCGCACGCCUCCCGUCCCGGUGCUGCCGCCCACCCCGGUGCCGUUUGCAUGUCGUGUUGUGGCUUGUGGCAGAUUUUUCCGAGGGGUCGGCGCUCCCUCGCUGAGCCGGGCGCUGGUCCCGGGCCUUGCCGAAGAGCCGAGCCGCGUGGGGCGAUCCCGGCUCUGGCCGGCCUCUCGGAGCCGGGGCUCUCGCUGCCUUUCAGGGAGUUGUAGUUUAUUCCUACCUCAGUAACUGCUUUUUUUUUUUCUGUAAGUGAACUUCUCGCUGCGUUUCUGCUGCCGGCGGUUGUGGCGACGGCUCCGGGAUCCCCCCGCCCCGCUGGCCUCCGUCACCCGCAAAGGGCCGGAGCAUCCGCAUCCGCCUCCGUCCCGGGGGCCACAUCCUGCUCACCGCAGGGCUCCUGCUGCUGCUUUGCUGGAGGGAGAGGCGUCCGGGCGGCACGGGGCCCUCGGAGCCGCCGAGGUGAGGGAUGUUGGGUUCGUUUGGUCUCCGGGGGGGUCCCGGUAGGAAACGGGGCCGGUCAGCCCCAUCUGACUCCUUUUCCGCAGCCGCAUCCACCUUGUCCUGCCGCUUUCCGGGGUGUUCACUCGCCCGGGACGCGCUGGCGGCAGGCGGGACGCGUCCCCGCGUGGGCACCGAUGGUUGGGGACGGCGUGUCGCGAUGUGGGGGCCGCACGGCUGGCGCUGGGUUCAGCAGGGAGCUGUCGCCGGGGUGGGUGGGAGCUUUUAGAAGUGCCCAAACGACAUUGCGGCCUCAGAGAAUGGUUUCUGGCAUUUGCCUUUUUUUUUUUUUUCCUUCUUUUUUUGUGCCGGAUGACCAGGAAUCGAUAACGUGUGCGCCUUUUCCUAGAACUGUCAUCGGUGUCUUGGAAUAAACGUCGGUGUGUGUGA